GCCACAAGCGCAUGUGCGCCACUGUACGAGAAGCGCAGGAUGAGGAAGAGAGGGGAGAAAGAGAGAACGAGAGAGACACUGAUGGGCUACCGGUUCUCGUCGUUUGUGCCCGAGGGUGUUUUGUGACACGCGUUGUAUAUUCCGCGUCUACCCUAGGCGUCGUCACGUUCUAGCCGCACACAUUUGCGGCAGAUGCUCGCAUGCUUCGUGCGUAGGAACAGGGGUCGUGUGCGUGUGCCUCUUCUUCCCCCCUCUCUCAUUCGUAUCGACAAUGAAAGUGCUUUUACUGGCACCCACCGCCGUGGCGUCGGGAAACGCGACGACUGCGGAGCGAAUACGACAUUACCUCGUGACAAGUGGACACAAGUGCCUGUUGGAAAACAGCAGAUGUUUCUCCGAGCCGAAAGACGUUUGUCAAUUCAUCAGCGUACAUGGCAUCUCAGCGGUAAUUGCGCUCCACCUGUACAAGGCUGGCCGGCUCCUUGUGGGAUGCGGUGUGCCUUACGGCGUGGUCUUUGGUGGAACGGACGCGAAUGAGGACGUGAAAAAUGAGCACAAGCUUUCCGUGAUGACAGCAGUGGCCCAGAACGCCAGGUUCCUGGUGGCUUUUACAGAGGAACUAAAAUGCAUCGCAGAACAUUUAUGGCCGUGCACCAGCGGAAGAGUUUACAUCCAACCGCAAGGUGUGUGGACCAAUCCCGACACUGGAUUUGCCUGGAGGAGCCAUUUACGUAGUUCGGGCGUCCCCGCUGAUACGAGCAGCCUCCUCUUCCUCCUCGUGUGCGGGAUUCGUCAAGUUAAGGACCCUCUGUACCUGACGGACACUUUCUCCGAGUGGCACAAUGAAGACUCCAGAGUGCAUCUAAUCAUCAUUGGUCCAGAGAUGGACUCCGUGCUCUCAGCAGCUGUGAAAGAGAGGAUCAAGAUGGCGCGCGGCGCGUGGCUCCUGCCGGAGUUGCCCCAGAGCCAGCUGCACGCCGCCAUGAGCGACUCCUUCUGCCUCGUCAACAGCUCCCUCAGCGAGGGCAUGUCGGGAGCCAUUCUGGAGGCUAUGCAGCUAGGCCUGCCGGUCAUCGCAAGAGACAUUCCCGGAAAUGCCGCCCUCAUCACGCAUGAGGAGACCGGACUGCUUUACACCACAGCACAGGAGUUCAAAGUGCAGGCACGGAGACUAAUGACGGACAUGGCUCUGAGGGAGAGGCUGGUGCGGUGCGCCCGGCGUCUCGUGGAAGGGAACCACUCGCAGCAGGCAGAGCGCCGCACGUACUCGCGUCUGCUGCACGAACUGUCGGGACCGGAGCCGGUCGCCACCGCCUCCGGGUGAAGAACCCGUGGGGUAGCGAGCGCAGAACCGGCCCUAAACCUUUGGGGGCCCUAAGCAAAAUUUGGUUGGAACCCCUUUGAUGUAUUAUUUUUUUCACCCACUAGCUAGCAGUGACUCUAGGGGGCCCUCUGCUGGCCACGGGGCCCUUUGCAAUUGCAAGGGUCGCUUAAGUGGCUGGGCCGGCUCUGAGCGAGCGCCUUAGGGCGCAACCACUGCAUGCCCCCCACCCCGUCCCCGACAUCUCCGACACUUAGAGAUGUGGCUAAGAGAGGCCAUGGCGACAAUUUUUUUGAACAAGAAAUAAGAAUAAGUUGUGGGAUUGUUGAGUCUGGGGUUUGUUUGUUCCCCCCCCCCCCCCCAUCUUCCUUCAUCACAACUAAGGUGACAUAAUGCUGAUUGUUAAAAAAUUGCUUGAUAUUUCUGCGUCGGAAGUAGCGAUGCACAAGAACAAUUUGACGACAAGAAGAAAAAAUCAACACAUUCUGCCUUAAAAUAAAAAUGUAAAAUCGGCAACGUUUCGAGCACUGCCCCCCCACCCUUCUUGUGCUAUGAAAAAGGGCCAUUGCCCGAAAUGUUCCAGAAUAUUUAUAUUUUUCUUACAAGGUCACAUGGUGUUAUUGAUUAAUAUGUUGGGUUUCUUUUAUUUCGGUACACAGUAGCGCAAUGAACGGUGGGUUGCGGCGCCGAGCAUGCAGCCAGUGCGAAGAUGUGAUGCAGUUAAAGCGGAGUAGAACUUGCGCCUGUCAUGAAGUGAGGACGACAACGAUGUGGAUCCAAUUUGUAAUCUUAACAGAUAAUCACUGGCAACCAUUCGCCAAUAGGAAGAAGCCCCACACAUUGCAAGGUGUGGCCGACGCCAUUGGCAGUGGCACGCAAAGCAUUAGCGAUGCAGCAGAUCAACUCUCACCGUGCCGCCUCUAUUUGCCAGGCGAGUAAUGUAGUAUUGAUUCGGCGAUUAAAAUUGAUUAUAUAGCUCACAAUACGUGCAUUUGAGUUGUGCAAUGUAUGCAAAUGAUACGCUCGCGUCGCGUUCGGGGGGGGGGCGGGGGGUAACGAAGGAACAACAAAAUAUUGGAGACGGAAAAAUGUGAAACGUGAUCAAAAAGAUGGUUAAGAGCGAAACGAACAAAAAUAAUAGACACUUGAAUGUAAUCGCUGAGGUGAGCGAGGAAUCGUGGCAUGCCUACUAUUUACUCCUUAAAUUAGCAGACUUCACGAAGCUCGUUCUACACAGUCACACUUAAUCCUGGCGUGUGCGUUAAAGUUGCUGAAACGGGUGUGUGCCCCUGCCAUGAAUGUCAACGUGUGUGGCUCUUCACAGCUUACAUAUCUGCCCACCCCAAGCUGUUAUCCUGUUGUGAUCUUUGUUCCCCAAGCAGAAUACAGAUGGGGGGGGGGGUGGGGGUUAUAAUGGUGGCUGCCGCUCAGCCUGACAAUGUUGGGUGUUUGUCUUGGGGGAGCGCACAAAAAAAAAAACGCGAGUCACAUUUUGUAAGUAAUCCCACCCCCUUUAGUAAAGCAUAUUGAGUAACAGCCCUGUCGACAUAUGGAAAAAGUGGCUCUUGGUUAGCAUGCCAGAUUGCGCGUCAUUGGCAAGUCUCGGAGCUGCUUCUUGCUUGCAAAUCAAUGCACGUUUUAAGCGUAGGAUAAGCGAGAAGACUGGAUGAGCCAUGGAUCUCUAGGAUGUCGUUAUUGCAUGUACAGUAGCUGUCUGUGAACUUGAAAACGCGUAUAGUCCGUGGUAUAAUUUAUUAUCAUUUUACUACUGUAAUCCGUUUUAUCAAACAAUUUGUACUUUAGAUUAAGGUAAGGCUUGGAAAAGCAUGGCCUUGGUCAAGCAUCCUAGAUCAUGAGUCAUCGCAAGACUCAGCUGCUUCUUGCCUGCAAAUGUAUGCGGUGUGUCAGACUAGCGGCUCCAGUGUGUUGUCACAAGUUUUUAUUCCAUAUUUCAGUUGGGAAACCGUGUAGAAAGUAAUUUCAUAACCUUGAGAUUCUGGCAAAUUCCAUCUUUUAAAGGAGAGCCCAAAUAUAUAUUUAUGGAUAGGCAGUGUUUACAGUGAGACUGAGUCGGAUUCAGAUUUUCAUAAAUUCACACAUCAUGCCAUUUCAAUACUGCGAUAUAGCUGUGCAUUUAAAUAAAAGUUGUCUGCAUUAAUUAUCGUUAUGUAUGGAUCGCAUUGGAUGACUGGCGAUACAUUUCAAAUUUAUAUGGCAGCUUGUAGGGUUGUCUUGUGAGUGAGUCAAUACAAACUAAUGUCCUUUUAAAUUAGAUUGUGAAAUAAAUAUCGUGUGGUUAGCUGACGGCAUUUAUCUUUGUGUUUAAUAUGAUGAAGGAAGACUUAAUUGAGUACUUUGAAAAAAAAACUAAAGCAAUAUCAAUUUGCUAGUAAUUCAAAAGAGUCAAGCAAGAUCUAUACAGUAUUUGGUGAUUUAAUCUUAAGGUUUUUGAGUUACUCUGUCCACCCUUGUGCAGCAAACUUCAAACGCUCCAAUUAGAAGGUUUUCAUGACAACUGGCAUAUAAAUAUCGGCGACCUUGCUGAAGCAAGCCGGUCAUGGCACUAACGUGUGUGUGUAAUUAGGCUCUUAGGGGACUGGCAUCAGAAAAUGGCGGACGGCUUGCCCUAGGCGUGAACAUCUCUUUUGAAAGUAAUGUGUUCAAUGUUCUCACGCUGACAUAACCGUGUUAUCAUACUGAAAGGAGCUCAUUAAUUGUUCGUACUUGUGAAUGCCCUCUGCUGUUCUCUAUAUUUUUAAGAACCUGAAGAAGGUUGUACGAUCUAAAAUGAUGUUAUAACGGCUCAGACAUGGUCAGUCAAAUGUUAAGGCCAACUGGAGCAUCUAUUGUCCAUUGAGGUUUUCGCACCUUACCCAUCAGACAAAUGCAUGGAAUGAUACAUCUUAUCAAGUGGUUGUGAGCAUAUUUAACGUUCAAAUAAUUAUUUGGAAAGAGGUGUCCUGGUCAAUAUUUUUCAGGUUGUAUUUAAAGGAAUUUUUAAAAUCGAAGCUAUGGUUCAGCUGUAACAAAAAGUGUCAACCUCAAAGCUAAAUUUCGAUAUAAAGCUUUCGUGACUGCAGGGAUUCAUCUUCUUGGUUCUUUCGGUAAAGUCACGUAGAAGGGAAAUAAUAAAAUAAUAAAACAAUAAAAUAAUUCUCACGACGUUUCGGCCACAACGCAAGCAGCCGUCCUCAGGUGAA